GUUAAAAAAAAUACCAUGAAGCCAUGCCUACUGUUUCUCGCCAUUGCCCUUGCCGUAGUUGCUGGCGGAAAAAUCAAUAAAGAUACCCGGGCAUCACCGAAGAUAGAUGACGGCGGAGGGAACCAAUCCAGCCCCAAAGUAACCAAACCUGUUGACAUUGUCAAUGAACAGACCAUUACAACGGAGAAAUCCAAACCACUCGGAUCGGAACAUGGAAAAACAAGACGUUCGUCCAACAGCUCUAAAAGGAACAAAAGGGCUGUUCCUGCAUUUCUGGCUGCGGCAGCGAAAGAGCUAGGAGGAAAAGUCAUCAGCAAACUUGGUGAAAGGAUCGCGGAAGGUGUAUUAGAAAACCACCAGGAGAAGGUGGUGAGCGGUCUACAAAACUACCUGGGGAAACAGAUGGACAAGUUUGACGAUGAGUACAAGGACCUGUUGAAGGAGACCAGUGGACUGGCAGCGGGUUUGGGCCGUCAAGUAGAGGAGGCAGACAUCCAGCUUCUGUCAAAGCCAGGAGCCGCGAUGGGUAACAUGUAUGCACCACCAGGCUGGGAGAUCCGCCAUAAGUACAAGUACAAGGAUGACAGAAGUAAUGACAGGGGCAGCUCCAGCGGACAGGCCGCAGCCUUCACCUACCCAGCCGGACUAGGACCAGUUCUGAUGAACGGCUGCUUCGGUACCGGCUAUAAGAAUGGGGACCCCUGCUUUCAGGCCAAGAUUCCACGGACAGGUUGCCCUAACCUUAUCGAUGGAGCAACCUACCUAGGCGUCGGGUUUGACGGAAGAGGCGUGUAUUCUGCUGAGUCUAGGAAGAAAAGCAUCAUCCAGAGAUCAUGCAGUAACCUCCAAACAUACGGUGAGAACGAGGUUCCAGACUCCAUGACCGUUCAAGGCAUCUAUGACACCAACGUGGAGUCAUACACCUUCAGCUCAACAGAAGAAUAUCGGCAGUACCUAGCGGAGAAGUCGGCCGUUACGUCUGCCAAGGCGAUGUUCCAGGAGGAAAUCAACAAGGCGUCUGGAUAUGGAGCAGGGGGCGGACCUUUUGGUUUCCUGUUCUGGGCAGGAGGGGGCAAAUCCAGCCAGAGUGGCACAUCUAGCAAAUCAUCAGGAUUCACUGCGGCCUCCGGUGCUCGUGCCCAGCUAAGCGAGCAACAAACACAGACAUUCAUGGCUAUGUUGGAGAUGGACAUAUUUAGGUAUGAGAUCUUCAUGGACGACGUGACGCCAGACCGGCUGAAUGUAGGCUUCCUGCGAGAUUUUAUCUCACUACCAGAAUCCUACUUCUCUCCUGGAGCAGAAAUCAUCUUCCAAAACUUCUACCUCCGCUGGGGAACACACUACAUCAAGUCAGCCAAAUUUGGAGGCCAGCUGAAGAUCAUCAAAACAAAACAAGCUACGAAGGACCUGACGAUGUCUGAAUUCGCCACGAGAGCUGAAGCUGACUGGAAGAUGACCAUGAGCACCUUCUCAGCUCAGGCGUCACAAACCAAAUCCAGCAGCUGGUUCCAUGAGCACGAGACGAAGUCUGAGUCAAAACAAACCACGGGACAGACGGAUGUUGAUGAAGAGUCUGAGGCAAACAGACAAAAAGAGGAGCAAGAGUCAUCGCAAGACUACAGCAACGAGAUGUUGGUGGUGCAAGGCGGAGACCAGCAGAUUGCCGCGGCCAUCACGGAGAUGUACACGACAGCCCUAACAGCAGAGCUGAAGGACUGGUUAGAGUCUAUCAAAGACUACCCAAAACCCUUCUCCUUUGUGUUGCGACGAGUAACCGAUGUACUGAACAUCCCCUCUGACUCGCUCUUCCCUGCAGGACAGGUGGACUAUGGCUGCCUUGGUAAAACACAUCUAAAGACAGAAAAGGGGACGGGCAAAAAGUACUACAUACAAACAACAACAAAGAACAGCGAGGACAGUCAACACAAAACGAUGAAUACAACAAGCAUGGACGAUUCAACAGUGACAGUCUCUGAGAUUCGCUAUUGCAACUUCGCCGACCGCAAAGCCCUUGAGGAAAGCAUGAGUAAGAAGAGGAUGUCACUUGACCGUGCAGUAACGGUGUACCUGGAAGAGGGUCGUAUACUUAGCUCAGACUUCCUCCUGCCCGCCGGAGAGGCAGGCUGUGAAACCGCCAUGUUAGCCUUCCUCCAGGGGGACAACACCGGCGUGCCAACAUGGGAAGACAUGACCGGGGGGAAGGAAUUCACGGUCGUUUUUGACAUGCCCUACGACAUCCCUGGCAUCGUUCAGGCACAAGACGUGCUGGAACUGAAGUUCUUCCGUCAUCUGUGGUUUUCCAGUAGGAGGGGGUUCGUGCCUCAUCUGUACGAUGGCUACGAAAACGGAGAAAGCAAUGAUAUUCAAAGAAAGAAGGUAAGCGUGUUUGGCCUUGUGAUGACGUAUGAAGAAGAAACCGGUCUCUUCCAUGUGGCAGAUGACGACUUCAAUGCCUCUAAAGCAUUCCUACCAGAGUUACCAACAUGGGUAAAAUAUCGCAGCGUAGCCAGAGCGGAGUACAAGAAAUUACUCAACCACCUGGUUCAGAAACCUGAUACAGUUGGAGACGUCCCGUGUAGCAUCCAUUGGUCCAAUGCGCAUCGCUUUGACCCGACCGAUGGAGGAAAGUGCAUCCACUUCACUGCCGCGUCAGAAGGAGACAUCUUUGUUGUGUUCGCCAGCAUCCCGCAGAACCAUGAGACUUGGGUGUACAUACAGAUAUCGCCAGAGGGAGUUGUAUUGUACAAGGCAUUGCGGCUCCAGACAACCCAGCUUAGGGACAACGCCGGUGGUCUUGGCUCUGCAAUCCUGUACCAGUCCUACUUUGUCUGUGUGACUGAAGAUGUGGAGAAAAGGACCACAGUCAUUCAAUACGGGAAGACGCCUGACAAUGAGGAGAGACCACAUGUCUGGCUGAGUUUCACAUUCACUGAGCUGGCGUCCCUUCAGUACUACUCCUUCGGCAGCGGGGAGUCUCCUGUGAAAGUCAUGGGACUGUCUCUACUGGACAGGUCGGCAAAGGACUUCAUCAUCUGCCGAGAAGGGACGGAAAUGAUUAACGGGGUGUGUCAACAGAAAUGUCACUCCGAGUGUACAGGUUGUCGAACAAGUGGAUCAAAUUCCCCAAUGGACUGCAUCGCCUGUAAACAUCUGAAGGUGCCUUAUCCCUACACGGAGGGCCCACCCGACGCCUUUAAGUGUGUCGCGCAGUGUCCUAGGCAUUUUGAACCUAUCAAUGUUUUAAAAACCUGUACAUGUAUCAAAAGGAUGGAGGAGGCCCGCCCUGAUGGUGUUGUGGACUGUGUGACAGAGUGUCCCCUGACGCACUUUGAUGAUAACAAAGUCUGCAAAAAAUGCAGCAGCUUUUGUUCAGACGUCAGUAGUGAGGGGAGAAGAGUCUGCUCAGGCCCCGCUUCAGCAGACUGUGACACGUGUAAAUAUCAACAUGGCGGACAGUGUGUGGAAGGUUGCAGUCCUGGGCAAAAGGCUGUCAGAGGAGAGGACGGGUCUUUUAACUGUCACCAAUGUCGGUCUGGCUAUGAGUGUAAGCUGGGGGACGAGAAUGAAGACAUCUGCCCAGCCGGCAAGUACAGUAACGAAAACAGAACAGCGUGCGAGCAGUGUCCAGCAGGAGAGUUUAGCGGCAACCCAGGAGCGGCGUCCUGUCAGAAGUGUCCGGCAGGGGAGUACAGUACAGGCGGGGGUUCAACUUCAUGUUUAGACUGUCCAGCUGGGAAGUACAGUAACGACGGUAGUACAGCGUGCGAGCUGUGUGCAGCAGGAGAGUUCAGCAGCACUCCAGGAGCGGCGUCCUGUCAGAAAUGUCCAGUUGGGCAGUACAGCACAGGAGAAGGGUCUACAGAAUGUUUAGAUUGUCCAGCUGGGAAGUACAGUAACGAAGGAAGAACAGCUUGCGCUUCGUGUGCAGCAGGAGAGUUUAGCGACACACCUGGAGCGUUGUCUUGUCAGAAAUGUCCAGCCGGACAGUACAGCACAGCAGAAGGGUCAACAAAAUGUGUCGUCUGUCCAGUGGGCAAGUACAGUAACGAAGGCAGGACGAUGUGCAAGCCGUGUGCAGCAGGAGAGUUUAGUAACACUACCGGAGCGGAAUCUUGUCUAAAGUGUCCAAGGGGGAAGUACAGCCACGAAGGCAGGACAGCUUGCCAGCCGUGUCCAAUAGGAGAGUUCAGCAGCACUCCGGGAGCAGCGUCCUGUCAGAAGUGUCCAGCAGGACAAAGCAGUAAACCGGGAUCAUCUGACUGCAAACCACUAUCAGACUGCCAGGAUAUCCUCGACAUCGACGAGACCACGCCCAGCGGCGUGUACACGUUGGAUCCACGGGACAACCUUGGCAGCUUCCAGGUCUUCUGUGAUAUGGACACGGACGGCGGCGGCUGGACGUUGUUCCAGAGACGCCAAGACGGAACAGUGGACUUCUACCGGGACUGGGAUGACUACAAGAACGGCUUCCCUUCCAACCUGACCGGCGAGUUCUGGCUGGGGAAUGACAAAUUGUACCGCCUGGCCGUGCAGAAAGACUACCAGCUCAGGGUGGAUAUGGAGGAUUUUGAGGGGAACACGGCAUACGCGACUUACAGCAUGUUUGACAUCUCACCUGAAUCCCAGAACUACAAACUCCACAUUGGGUCUUAUAGCGGUAGUGCAGGGGAUAGCCUGUCUUUCCAUGACGGGAAACCAUUCAGUACCAAGGACAGAGACAACGACAACGCCUGUGCUCAGACGUUCAAAGGUGCUUGGUGGUACAAUGUUUGCCACAAAUCCAACCUGAACGGGCUGUACCACCUGGAUCCUUUUGAGAGUUACGUUACCGGUGACGGCGUCACCUGGACGCACUGGAAGAGUAACUACUCCUUGAAGCGUUCGGAGAUGAAAAUCCGUCCAACUCCAUAACUUUACACAUCAUAUUGUAUCGUUCAUGUCAAUGGAGCUGAAGUAAAAUUUGUAAAAGGUUAGCUGUUAAUCUCAGUAUCGAGAUUUUGAUAUUGAAUGCCUAUAUAUCUUGAUGAUAUAUAUCCGUUUGUGAUAUACAAUAUUGACGGCCUUCCUUCAACAAUAUGACCAAUAAUCAACUUCUAAUACUCAACUUCCAUUUACUUUAAAUCGUACGCUUAAAGCAAAAAAAUUGAAUCAGUAUUUCCAAUACAGAAGGAUUAUACUAAAAUGAUGUUGAAAUCCAUCAUAACCUCUGAGAUUUGUUUAAGCAAGAUAAAAAAAAACUCUUAUUGAAUUACUUGUCUUCAUAGUCCCAAUUUGAAAUGUUAUGUUCUGGAUCUGCUUUUUGGUUAUUCUGUAUUUUUGGAAAAAAGCGAGUCUAGGAAUGGUGGUUUUGUGGUAGAAGUAGACGUCCAUAGGAUAUGCAUAGCUUUUUCUUUCUUUUUAAAUUUUACUUAUUAUCAUAUCACUAGAUACAGGCACACAAUGUCCCUUUGGCGACAGAUCAAACCAAGUUUACGUACGAACAUAAUCUGACAACAUCCGAAAGCGAGUUUGCCUGUGAAUGGAUGGAAGAUAUCAGGUCUAUUACUGGUGAUUCUGUCGUAGAGGUAGACGCUGUGCCAAGUAGUUUUGCUAUUUUGAUAUUACUCUAGAAGUACGUAAUAAUUACAAGUAUAUGGUCUGUACAGCCAAGUCGUCGGAUACUGCCUGGGCCAUGAAGCAUUUUGACAUCCUUCUAAAAUACACAAUUGAUCUUGGUUAUUGAGAAUAAUAAAAAUAAGUCCAUAAUAGAAAUACUUGACCCUUGCAGUAAUACAUAUUGGCCAUAAUUCAUAAAGCUGCAGAUGAAAACCAGUUGGCUGUACAACAAUGAUGACGUCACAUUCUUAUUACCUUAUGCAUAAUGGUUCUUUUGAGUGAUCUCCAGCAUCAGUAUACCUCUCUUUUUAUUUUCUGUCUUUUUUGGCAUCAUGUGUCUCUCUCCGGUAGUUUGUGUUUUCUCUGCUCCUUUAUCAUUAUAUAGUUAAGUAAAAUACUGAUACAUCCACACACCCACACCGCUAGCACAGACUUAUAGCAAUAUUAAAUUUAGUAGGUUAUGAGUACAUAAACAUCAUAGUAGGUUGGGAGGAUAUAAACAUCGGAGUAGAGAAACAGACAUUAAAGCACAUCGAUACCAAGCUCAAAUUUCAAGAUAGCACAUGUAUCUUACUCAUGCCCACUACAUUAUCCCAAGCAUGCACAAAUCUAUCUACAUAUUGAGAUAAUGAUAAUGUUGAUGUUCAUCAUUGAAACCUAUAUUAGAACGCAAGAUGUAUUUCUUUUAUCAAACAUAUAUCCGCAUAUAUAUAGGUAACUGUAAGUAAACUUAGACCCCAGUUUUUGUGCAGUCUAAAGUCUGAUAAUUGAAAAGAGGAAAUACUACCUUUACCCUCUUCAGUUAAUACCCACGCAUAAACUGACCGGGUUUGAAACUUGUGCAUGUAGUCAACAUAAGAUAUCAUCUUACAUCCAUUAUAGGUUAAAGACUUUUGACUGCACGUCAAUGAUAUCAGAGGAUAUAUAGAAACAUGCAAUUUUAUCAGGAAGAUUAAUGUCUGAUGGAGAUAUUGAAAAGCUUUUUAAAAAAUGUAGUAAGACAACGUGUCAUGUGUUGUCAUAUUACCUUGUAACAGACAACGCACUGAUUGAAGAAACGUAAGGGUUAUGGUAAAGAUCAUGUAAAGGAAAACAGGUAGUAAAUGUUGAGCAAACCAACAAAAGAAGAAGAGUGAAAGAGAUUGUACGUAUCGCAUCUAUAACAAUGAAAUAAUUACCAGCACUGUUAUAUCUGCUAUGUAUCAUUGAGACUGGAGAUGUUAAGGCAAGAAGCUGAAUUUUUUUUGUUGAUUCUAAUAAAGUAAAAUUGCAACUGCU